ACGGAAGCGCUGCUGCAGUUCACAGUUUAUGACAAACUGUUUGUUAUUCUGUGAUUUACAAACUGGACCAGGAUUCGUGCGCAAUGAUACUCUUCUAUUGUUGAAGUGAACCUUAAAAUUGUAAAAUGAAGUGUCUUCUGGUGGCCAAUGAGAGCGCAGAGGUUCUGUUCUACUGGACUGACACCGAGUUCGAGCAGCGGAUUCAGGAGCAGUAUGGAGUUUCCCAGGAGGAAGGAGAAGGACUGCCUGCGUUUGAAGACAGCAUUAACACUCUCUUCGCACCCAUCAUCAUCUCCUGUAGCACCAUGGUGGACCGACUCGGGGAAAAUUACACCUCCUUCAGCACAGAAAACAAUCAUAUUUAUGUUCUGCAACAGUUUGAGGAAUGUCUGUACAUUGCUGUGAAUGGAGAUGGAGAUGAGACGGAAGAGGAUUUGAAGAGAAAGAUCUAUGUGAUGAAGAAACUCACAGAAAUCAUGUUUGGCAUGGUGACGUUCAGCGGUCCCCUCUUGAGAAAAGAAUUGCGCCCUCAAGAUACAGAGCAAAGGAACCGCUUGUGGAAGAAGCUAGGAAGCCUCUUAGAAACAUACAGCAGUUUACGAGAGAACGACCAAAGCUUUUUAGUAGAGGCGGUGGAAAGGUUGAUCCACCCGACCCUUUGUGAGCAGUGCAUCGAGUUUCUGGAGCGUCGUCUGGUGCAGCAGAUCAACAGCAACGUGGACAGAAUGGGCGAGGAGGUGCUACACGCUUUCAUACUGGUGCACACCAAACUGCUGGCCUUCUACUCCAGUCGAAAUGCGAGCAAUCUAUACCCCUCUGAUCUCCUGGCUCUGAUCAUCCUGGUGCAGGAUCUCUAUCCCAGCAAAAUCGACCUAGAUGACACCUCGGAGGAGUUAGAGUGCAGUUCAGUUCCUGAGGUAUUCGACACACCUGAGCCCUCUCCUCCUGAACGGGAAUCAGUCCGACAAAGAGGUGGCUGUCCUCCUGUCUUCCAGUUUGUAGAUCCUGACGUUCAGAUGGCCGAGGACAGUCUGCAAACUCUUGAAGCUCCAACUCCUGACCCUUCAGCUCCAUGCAGAGUAUUCCUGGAAGCCAAAGAGUUUCCCACGAUGCCUCACUCCAUGUAUUGCCUACCUCUCUGGCCGGGAAUAACUCUAGUGCUGCUUACCAAGAUUCCCAACAGUCAUGUGGCAGCAUCUGUAUGCUACUUCCUGGAAGCUUUCGUGAAGUUAGAGAAGAGGUUAUGUGAGGGGCAUGAAGGGGCUGCGGCCAUGCGGGGUCAGCCCUCUGUCCAGGAGCAGCGGAGCAGACUGGAGAAGUUCAUCAAAACCUGGGCCAGCAUGGACAUUCAGACCUCCCAACUUCAAAAUGCGUGGACAGACUUUAAGAACAAAGCGUUUAGCAGAUCAGGAUCUGGAUUCACAAGAGAUUUGCUGCCCUCUUGUCGAAACAUGAAGACUCAGUUGUGUGGAGUGUACAGGCAGUUUUUUGCAGCUGAGUGCAUGGGCAGCAGUCAGCGAUUGGCUCCUCAUCUGCAAGAACGAGCUCUGAGCAUGGUCCAAGAGAAGUUAAUGGACUGGAAGGAUUUUCUGCUGGUGAAAAGCAAAAGAAAUAUCACAAUGGUAUCAUACCUGGAAGAGUUUCCAGGUCUCAUCCACUUUAUCUACGUGGAUCGUUCAAAUGGUCAGAUGAUUGCACCCUCCCUAAAUGUGACCAAUCGCACUGUCUCUGAGCUCGGAAAGGGGCCUCUAGCUGACUUCAUAAAGAACAAGAUUUGGAGUCUUGUUGCAACAGCACAGCGGUACCUGCAAAAGGGUUACGCCACCGUGACGCUCCGGGAUGGAGAUUAUUUCUACUGUUACUUCCUGUGGUUUGAAAAUGAAACGGGUUACAAACUGGAAGUGAUAGACAUACCCAGCUCCCCAGAUGAUGCCGCUCCAGUAGGAAUGCUCACCUGUGAUUAUUACAGGAGGCUGCUGCGGUAUUACAGCAAAAAACAUCAGAAUGAGGUGGUGAAGUGUUAUGAACUGUUUACUGUGCAUCUGGGUGUGAUCCCCAAUGAAUAUAUUCUUCAGCACUGCAGUCAGCUGGCCCGUAAGCUGUGGGAGCCCACCCAUAUCCCGCUCCUGUGACCAACACGGCCCUCAAAGGAUUAUGGUCCAUGCAGCCGCGUUCACUUUAUUCAUGAUCUGUAACCUACGUGGAGAGUUUUCUAAACUUUCUGCACAAGCACUUCUUAUUUCAGUUAAGGUAAUUGCAGAAAAUAAUGUGUCAGUAAACCAAACACUGCACUUCUUGUACUUACAAUUAAUGGAUUAUUUUUGUGAAACCAGGACCAAAUAAUAUAGGACAGCACUCCUUUUAAAGAUGUUAUUACCCAGAUUGUAUCAGAUAUCUGGCUUAGCAACGUUAGUUAGCAGAUUUACAAAACUGUAAAUCACAGUCUUUCAUAAUUAUUAAUGACUCAGUUUUUAGUGUGACCACAAAUUUUGUAAAUAAAUUGCCAAAAAAAAAAAAAAAAAGAAUAAAGAAAUAAAGUUAAAGCUGAAAUGUACAAUCUGUCUUAAGCAUUCUUAAAGCUUGUAGUUUUGUGUAUUUUUGCGACUUUGGUGCCCCCUGCAGUUAAGUGAGUGGAAUUAACUGUCGUAAUUACAGUGAAAAGAUGUGCACGUGUUUUUUUGUUUGUUUUUGGUGCCAUAAAGCAAUCCGCCCUUUCGCAGAAUUUCGUACCCGCUCAACAAACAAAGGAGCAUAGGAAUAAUAA